AUGUCCUUGAAAGGAAAAUUGUCGCUUAGAACAAAGACUCAGCCGCAAUCUGUGCCGUAUUGUGUGAAGUGUGCAGGAGCGUGUAAACAAAACGAGGAAGUCGAUGUCGUUCAUUCAUCGACGGCCUUAAAAACCCCGACAAUGCUAUCGGACUGUGAUGAAAUUGUUUCUAAUAGACAGACUGACGAUGAAAGAGUGUCACGAGACGUCGAAAAUACGAAUGAGAUAAAAAUAUUUCCAAUAGUCCGUAACACUGACAUUUCGAUAACCUCGGAACCUAGCAAUGCCCGUGAACCUCUUGUUCAGUCGGAAUGGUUCGAGUCAAUUCCGAUUCCGGACGGCCUGGUUAUGGACCCGAUGGCGCCCACCGCGCUUGCUGUCCCUAACCAGCUCAUGGGACGCAUUGGUAGUGGGCUGACUGUAAUAAGAGACCAUGGAAAGAAAGUACAAAAAUAUAUCUUAAAAAAUCGAAAAUUUGAAGUUCUCAAGAAAUCGUGGUCUUCAAUUGUGAACAUAGUAUUGAUUGAAGCCAAGGAUUUGCCAGAUGCUCCAGCAAACGGAUCAAGCGGUCUUUACUGCAAGUUCAAGCUAGGUACCGAAACUCACAAGUCAAAGCAAGUUCACAAAACGAAGCCGGUAUGGCGGGAGAGGUUCAACUUAUACCUCUACGAAGACAACUCUCUUGAGGUCAAUGUAUGGCACAAAACGAAACAGAAAAAUUUCAUGGGCCGGUGUGUCAUCGAUUUAUCUCAAUUGGAAAAAGAAAAAACACACGACCUCUGGCAACAAUUGGAUUGCGGGUUUGGUUCAGUGCACCUGCUAAUCACUCUCAGCGGAUCAGAAAGGUGCAUAUCAACUGAAAACGUAUUAACCAACGGCGUACAACAUGAAACACCUAAGGAGGAUAACUUUAUGUGGUAUAAACUGGACGACUGGACCAAUGUCGGCCAAUUAUUAGUAACAGUGCACGGAGCGAAAGGGUUAAGCGCUCUCAACAUAAGCGGAAACGUAAAUUCGUUCUGUGUUUUGGAGUUGGACAACUCGAGGAUUCAAACCCACACCGUGCGAGGCACCUCAGAACCGAACUGGAAUAAAAGCUUUACAUUCUGUGUCAAUGACGUUACGUCGGCAUUAGAUAUUACCGUUUACGAUGAGUGUAUAUUACAAUCGAUGAAAGGUGAGACAAUCGGUAAAAUAACGAUACCUCUUUUAAGAAUAAAGAACAAUGAGAAACGAUGGUACGCUCUUAAGGACCGGGCAAAACGUCAUAGUGCCAAAGGAAACUGUCCAAGAAUUCUGUUGGAGAUGUCACUUGUAUGGAAUCCGAUUAAAGCAUCGAUGCGCGUAAUAAGGCCAAAGGAAACCAAAUACGUAACGAAACCGGCGAAAUUCGACAUCCCUUUGAUAUAUAGUAACUUGAAUUUCAUUAAACAGAUAUUUAAAGUUUUUCAAAAUGGAAAUGAGUCCUUAAAGCGAUUAUUCGAGUGGGAAAACCAGGAGAAGUCAGGCAUGGCGUUAAUCGGAUGGCUGAGUUUCUGGUACUUCUUUAGGAUGUGGAUGACACCUUUGUUGCUCGUCUUACCGUUUGCUCAUUACUGGCUUACCCAAAGAAAUAACAACGCUCUCGCCCCAAUAACCCAAUUUGAAGAUGAUUACUUAGAUGAAGAACAGGAAACAAAGGAUGACAAAACGAUAAAAACUCGUCUCAACGAGCUUCAAGACCUGACGUUAACAAUCAAGAACGGAAUCGAUUACGUCGUGUCGUUGCUUGAAAGAAUAAGGAACUUGGCAAAUUUCAGCGUGCCAUAUUUAAGUUAUUUAGCGAUAAUAGCUCUCAUCGCUCUAUCAGUAGCCUUCUAUAUUAUACCUGCAAACUAUUUAUUCAUGGCAUUUGGUAUUUAUAAAUUCACACGUAAAUUUUUAAACCCGACGCGAACGCCAAACAAUGACAUCCUGGAUUUUAUAUCACGUGUGCCGGAUAAUGAAAUUUUGAAACAAUGGCGGGAGUUAAAAGUUCCAGAGCCGAACUUGAAUUCAUCAGAUCCAACUAAAAGUAGGUAGAUGAAUCCUAAGAAACCCAUUGGCUUCAAAUUGCAAUACAACACUGUUCCUCAGAGAGAGUGCCAUAGUGGAGAGGACGCUGAGACUACUUCUGUAAACCAAUUGCGGCUUGUAUAAUUUGAAUGGAAAGAUUUUUGUCUUAAUUGUAAAACAUGAACAAACAUGUUGUUAAUUCUCUUUUUCAAAUUAU